UUCAAAAAGGUGAGGAUCCUGAGGAGAUUAAAUUUUCUUUUGUCGAUUUUCAGGUGCAAGUGCACGAUUUACCCCUUGGAUUAGCUUUUAAAGGUAUGGCUAGGAGUUUAGGGAACAGAAACAGAACCGAUAUGAAACGCAGGGACGAGGAGAACACUAUUCGGUUCACUAACCUGUUGGAGGAUGCUAUAGAAUCCGAUUUGCGUGAACUUAUCGCACCGUUCGGUCAGGUGAGCCGGGUUCAUGUGGGGAUUGAUAGGAAAACCGAGCUGUGUAGGGGAUUUGGGUUCCUCAACUUUGUGAAGAAGGAAGAUGCUGAAAGAGCGGUAUUGAAGCUAAAUGGUUAUGGAUAUGAUAGUCUCAUAUUGAGGGUUGAAUAGGCG